AGAAAGGGAGACAGAGACGGAGCGAACCGGCCUGAUAUAUGACGUAGCGACCAGACCAGGCAGGCUGCGGAGCCCGGACUAGGCCGGCCCGUCCGUCUCGCUCGUUAAAUCAGUGCGUUACGCGUCAGCGUCAGCGUGUAAGCGUCUAAUAACGAAACGAGCACUGCCGCGAGCGACAGCGGUUCGUGCUGUCGUCGUCGUCGUCGUCGUCGUCGUCCGUGAUCCCUGCUCCGCCGCCGUCCCCGUCGUCGUCGCCUGUGCGUCGGCUACGUUCGCACGUCCGGUCGGCCGCCUAAUCGGAGCGCAGUGCAGCGCAGCGCAGGUGCAGCGAGGAGAGGGUGCGUCGAGUUAGUUGAACAAUCAGCCAGCCAGCCAGCCAGCCGGUGGUCCACCAACCAACGAUGGUCGUGAAAAUCUACAUAUCGGGUAUCAGCGGCAACAAGGAAGUGAAGAAGAGGCAACAGCGCGUGCUGAUGAUUCUAGACAGCAAGAAUGUAGAGUACGAGAUCAUUGAUAUAACGGAACCGGGCAAGGAGCUGGAGAAAGAGUUCAUGCAAACCAACAGCAACGCGAGGACCAACAAGUACCCAUUGCCACCACAGAUAUUCAACGAGGAUGAUUAUUGCGGAGACUACGAAGACUUCGAUCUGGCGAACGAGAUAGACGAGUUGGAGAAGUUUCUGAAGGUGACGACGGCGGUCAGCACCGCGGAGAUCACUCUCGAUUCAAAAUCCCCGAAUGACGGAAUCCAAGAGAAUGGGAACACUUCCAGUCGGGAGCCUUCCACGGACAAGGAAGCGGGUGUAGUACCCUCCGACAGUUUACCAGAAAGGACAACCUUAGAAAACGAGAAUAAAGCAUUAGACGAGUCUAAGCCAACCGAAGUAGAUAGCGCCGCGAAAACCAUCACCAGCGACGAGGGUGAACACGCCGAGGACAGCGGCGAUAAAAACGAAGAGAAGUCCGACGACCAAGAGAAAGAGGAAUAGACAAAUGAAAGAGAGAGAGAGAGAGAGAUACACCCAUGCGAAGCUGGGGAUAUUCCACACAAUGACAUCCUUCCUUUUCCACUCACAAGCGUAUUUUGCAAAGCUACGUUUAUUACAUUACUAAGGCUGAGUGAAGGUACUGCCAAGAUAAUAUUCUGUAUUGCGGAAAGUCUAUUGAGUGAACAGUUUAAGGUGACGCAUACAUAGAACAUACUUUUAUAGAAUAUACUUUGUAUUUUAGAUGAAACGCGUCUCUUCGCCAAUGUUUCUCGACAGGUCUGAUUAAGUGAUAUGAAAGCGAUACUUGUCCCUUCAUAUCGCUAUCUUCAUACGCAUCCUCUCACGUUUGUUUAUUAUUUUGCACUGUUCCGCACCGCACACCUUCAUAUCUCAUACAUUAUUGCACCUUCGCGAUGACAAGAUUCAAGUAUACAUGUAUACAUAUUUUUCUUUUGUAACGCGAUCUUUUGGUUAUUGUUGCCGCGUGCAAAGCGUACAAGUAAAAAAAAAAUAUAUAUAUAGAAUAUAUAUAUAGCGACACACGCAUACAUAUAAUAUCAUUUGAGAGAUUUGAGACGUACGAGAGCAAAUACACACACAUAUAUAUAUAUAUAUAUAUAUGUGUG